AUGGAACAGCAAGAUGUAGAAGGAUACGCUUUCGCACAGGCGCUUAGCGCCAUCAUCACCUCCCAAAACUCUUGCACGCUACAUGAGCAAUGCGACAGCCACUGCAGCGGCCGAGUGGGAGUGAGCCGAUACCAUCUCUCUCCGUCCGGUGUCCGUUCGAACGAGCUGGAUUUGAGAGCUGACCUGGCUCGACUUGACCUUCCAUCGUCAAAGCCGACUCGAACGGAGCCUCUGACGAUUAGCGCAGACACUCCUAUGUUCACUUAUACGUCUCUGAAAGAGUCGAACAGGAGAAUUCGUCUGUUGAAAGUCAAGCCAGGUAUCUUUCGAGCGGAUCCGGUCGACGUCGAACUGGCCGAAUUCGAAUUCGACAAGGCCCCGGCUUAUGGAGCGCUGUCUUACUGCUGGGGCAAAGAUCUCGCGGAUAAGAAGAUACUGUGCAAUGGGUGGGUCUUCCACAUCACCUCGAGUCUCGAGCGCUCUUUAAAGCAACUCCGAGCCGGAUUUCGCCCCGGUGAUAGGGAGGAGUGGAUUUGGGCGGAUGCUAUCUGCAUCAAUCAACAUGAUAUCGGAGAGAAGAACGCGCAGAUCCGGCUCAUGGAACAGAUAUACUCCACGGCGCAAACGGUGUAUAUUGAUCUUGCAGGCCUAGGUGGGCUGUCGAUGCAAGUCGGCGGCUUCGAGCUGCGUUUCGGCGACACCGUGGGUGGAUUGGGCUCCCAGGACCUGCUCACCGAAUCUGAUCACCCUUCCCAUCCAUUCCAUUUCAGAACGGCGUUCUUGGCUUUGAAGCAACCUUGGUUCACUCGGACAUGGGUUAUCCAGGAAAUGGCCCUUGCGAAGAAGGCCAAGUACAUUUUCCAUGGCAAUAUCUUCACGCAGCCUGAACUCGACGCUAUCUUGACGAGAGAAGCACUGCAAUCGCAUCCGGAACGCGCUCGGGAGCUCAUGACCGGAGGCGCCGUCCUUAUGAGAGGAUAUCUUAAUUAUCAGAAAAUGCAGACCAUCAAGCACGCCUAUCUUAGUGGUCGGAAUGAUUCCCUGCAGUUCAUUCAGCUGACCAGCGACUUUGUGGCCAGCGACCCCAAGGACAAGAUCUUCGGCCUGUUAGCGCUGUUCAACGAUAAUGAUCGGAGAGCCAUUGGACCCUAUUCUCAGGACGUGUAUAGCGUGUACAGACGCUUUGCAGCGCUCCAAGUCCGUCUCGGCCACGCCAUCAUGAUGCUCGAUAGCGCUGGGCUUCAGAAGCGCCGGCUUGACAGUGGUCAACUUGCAUCCUGGGUCCCUGAUUGGACCGCACAGUCAGGCAAUGUCAAGAACAUUUCGACCCUCCGACCUGUGCCAUACCGGGCAUCGGGAUCAUCGACACCACGAAUCGAACUGCUCGGAGACGCCGGUUCAACUGGCCUCCAACUUCGAGGCCUCUUGAUCGACCGUCUUACAUCGGUCGUGCCCUUCGCCAACCCAGACGGUCCCGAUCCAAGCUUCCUCGACUACCACAACCGCAUCCGCGCUCACUUUGACUCUUGGCUCCGGCGUUCACGCUCCGCAUACCGGGACAAUGAGGAUGCAUUCGCCCGGCUUCUCCUGAUGGACGACACCUAUAUCGGGGCCAACGCCAUUGCCUACAGCAGUCCGAUCCACUCGCCCGCGCAGACAUAUCGCGAAGCACUCCAGAGGUGGCAGGCAGGCUCCGAUGGCGGUCUGAAGGGUCAGAAAAUGGAUGCGGUCGAAACGUUUCAGAUGCAAACCAAAACGACGUGCUUGGAACGGAGCUUUGCGAUCACGACGAACGGACGGAUUGCCCUGGUUCCGCGGAUGGCGGCUGCUGGUGAUGUUGUUGCAUUGUUUUAUGGGGCAACGGUGCCAUAUCUAGUGAGACCUGCUAAGGGAGGGUUUGUUUUACUUGGUGAUGCGUAUGUAGGUGGAGUUAUGUAUGGGGAGGCUAUUGGUGGUGAUGGGAGGCUAUCCCAAUCGGGAAUGACACCAGCUGCAAGCUGCACAAGGUCGGUUGAGCACCACCAUUCCUCCUGCCCGGAAGCUUUUCUCAAGAACGGUUUUGCUUCCUCGAUCUCUUCCACCAUGUCAUUUCCUGAGACCACCUCGCUAAACAUGUCUACUGUCGUCCUUGUGACCGGAGCUACGGGCCUCCUCGGCCGUCAGGUCUUCAACACUUUCAAGAGCUCUGGCUGUCUCGUGGUCGGCCAAGGGUACUCUCGGGCGAAUCCCCCCACCAUCCUAAAGGCGGACCUGGAGAAGCCGGAUGACAUCCACGCGCUGUUGGAUGACGUGAAACCUCAAAUUGUCGUGCACUGUGCUGCCAAUCGAUCCCCCGAUCUCUGUGACAAGGACCCUGACCAAGCCCGGCGCCUCAAUGUUGACGCCACGCGCGCACUGGCCAAGGAAACGGUGGCCCGCAAUGCCUUUCUGAUCUACAUCUCUACAGACUACGUCUUCCCCGGAAAGGAAGGGGAAGCGCCGUACGAGGUGGACAGCCCGACCAAUCCGCCCAAUUUGUACGGGCAGCUCAAGCGCGACGGUGAGAUCGCCGUGUUGGAAGAAACCAAGGACACCGGGCUGGGAAUUGUGCUGCGGGUGCCGGUGCUGUACGGGCCGGCCAAGUCGAACUCGGAGAGUGCCGUCAACACGCUGGUCGACGCGGUGCAGAAGUCCCAGGAUGAGAAUGCCCGGGUGACGAUGGAUGACUGGGCGCAGCGGUAUCCCACCAACACCGAGGACGUGGCACGGGUGUGUCGCGACAUCAUCAUCAAGUACAUCAAGGAGCGGUCGCGGAUCAAGCAGCUGCCGAAGGUUCUGCAGUUUUCGUCGGAGGACCGCAUGACCAAGUACGAGAUCUGCGAGAAGCUGGCGGAGAUCAUGGGGGUGUCGCUGGGAGGGAUGAUUCGCAACCAACAAGGCAACGACCCCAAUGCAUCUGUGCAGCGGCCGUACGACACGCAUCUGUCGACGAAGGCUCUGCAGGAGUUGGGGAUUGAUGUGCGCACGGUUGAUUUCGUGACGUGGUGGCGCCGAUACUUGAGCGGAUCCAAGAAAUAA